AUGCUGUUCAUCGAGUUCAUAAAACGAAGAGCAACCGUUAUCAACAUCGUGCUUCUUGUACUCGGUCUUGUGGGAUACCUCACCUGUGGUGGGAUUACUUACAAAGCUUAUACUUCCAUUCAAUCAGACGAAGAAUGGAAGAAGUUGGAUUACUUUGCUUACGAGAAACUUGUUCCUAACUACUCCGGUAAUAUAGACAACAUCAAAUCCAUUCUUCAGGAAUACGAAUCCAUUAUGUCGCCAAAAAAGUUUCCCAAUCCAAUGCGAUUUCGUAAAGUUGAUUCAGAUUUCGGCCGGAUAUUGAGAGAAGGUGAGAAUUUCGGCCGGAUAUUGAGAGAAGGUGAGAAGCUCUUGAAUGAUACUACUGCAAACAAUUUUUGCGAUUUCGACACGGUCAAAAGUUGGAAUAGUUACUUUAUCAUGGUCGAGAGCGGUUUUGACAAAAUGUUGAUUGUUAUGAAGCGGAGGCAGAGUAUCUCUUUAUACUUUACUUCUAGCUUGCUGCUCGAAGAGCUCGAGGAGCGGAUGAAGCAGCAAUGUCGCAAGCAAAUUUGGGAAAGUGUACAGCAUUCUUGGAGAUGUGACGUAUCAAUGAAUCACAGGAAAGAAAAGUUGGAAAAAGAAGAGUCUUCCCAAUCGAAUGCUUGGAUCUUUUUCAUGGUAUUCUUGCAGGCGUUCGUCUUGUUGAUGAAGAAUAAAAGAUUCUUGAGCAUCUUGCUCGGCUUCUACGCCCUCGCUUUCUUUGUAUGCUUUAUCGCAGGAGGAUGCCUUCAGCGCCAAACGCCAGAAGCUUAUCUGCAAAAGUGGCUUGCUGAAAAAGAGCUCUUCAAUAUCGGUGGUGCAUUCAUCGGAGCAUUCACCACAGGUUGUGUUAAAUUAGUAAGUCUUGAGGAAAAAGAGAGGAAGGAAAAAGAGAGGCAGGAGAGAGAGAGGCAGGAGAGAGAGAGGCAGGAGAGAGAGGGAAGAGAAGAAGAAGGAAGAGAAACGCCUCAAAAUUAA